GGGUCAAACUGAAUGAUUAACUGAAUGAUAAACUGAAUUAAAAGGACAAUAUAAAAAGAGCUGGUUGUGUUGCACGUGGUGGACUUGAAAUAGUUUCUGGUUUUCAUGGCAAGGCUAGUGUGACUGAACCACAAGGAGCUGCUGAACAGACAGAAGACCGUGAGCUUCACGCGCGGGGAUCACAGCACGGGCUCUUGGUAACACCUGGGCGCCCUUUACCAAACGGAUCAAAAAGAGACAAUGACAUUAUAUAGCCUGUAGGCUAUAGAUCCAUAAGGCUGUAUGGAAAGGUUAGUUAAAAUGCGUAACCAUAGACACACAAAAGCAAAUGUUAAGCAGAUGUGACACCUAUUUUAACAUUAGUUCAGGGUGAAGUUAUAGGCGACAGUUCUAUUGUUAGGCACAGAGACUCCGAGCUCCCAAACAAAGCGACGCAGGGAGCUAGGGAAACGGAGCGCAACGCUUAUUUAAUAGGUUAGUGACUCUUUCCCUCACACACACACACAGAGAGAGAGAGCGACACACUGGGAUGGAGAUGUAACAGCCGUGCGAAGGCGGUUUCCACAGCGAUGAAGCAUUUUGGAGGCAGUUUUUAACCGAUGUAAACAGAAGAGAGAGAGAGAAAAGGAUCGACUCGACAAGCCUGCCCAGAGAUCGGCGAGGGAAGACUAGAAUAAAAAAAGGGGGGGUGCAGUGUCUCUGGCCCAAGUGUCACAGACAGCGGGAGGAAUAUCAUCUUUAGCCGCUAAUCCCUGCAAAUUCGAGGAGAGAAAAAGUGCCAGUGUCACUAUAGGCCUUAAGAGCCAGAGAUGAUUCAUUCUAAACCUCAAAGUGAAGGAUAACAAGUGGCCCAGACUCCGGUGACCACUCAUCCCACCACCUCCUCCUUCACCUUCACUCCGUUCGAGUCAUUUCCUCUAACCUCUAAACUGUGUACCGUUCUCCAUUCCCCCCGGCUGGGUCAAUCUAUACAGACACAGACUGACUGGAUGACCAUCUGGACCUAUGUAAAUCAACACGAAGACAACAAACCAACCAGCAGAGAGGCCUUGAAGACGGACUCUCCUGGAUACUGACUGAGUUGCCAGAUGCUACUCUGGAUAGGGCUGGAGGCUGUAGGCUGUUAGGCUAGCUAGGCCAUGCUGCUCCCUGUGCCUUCCUCCUCUCCCAUGCUGCUUCCAGGAGAUCUACGGGCUACAAACAUCAUUAUCAUCACCGUCAUCUUCAUCACUCACCAAUGCCACAGGAAGUACGGUGCCUAGGAGGGGACUGACUGAACCUCAACUAUUACGGACAGAGUGAACUGGAAACACACACACACACAGCCCCUUCAGCUGUGGAACAGACAAAGACAGAAGGCAAAGAGAUACUAAGCACUGAGAGGAGGGUGGGAUUAUGGCUGCCGAGAGUCUGACCGAGCUCCGUGAUUGGCUCUUUCUGCUCCUCCUGUGCCUGACUCUAUUGGCCGAGAUGCUGGAGUUGGCGGCGGCAGCAGUUGCCAUGGAGGAAGGCGAGGAAGACUUCCCGUGCCCGUCAGUGUGCCGGUGUGACGAGGGCUUCGUUUACUGUAACGACCGGAGCCUGAGCAUGAUCCCUCCUCUACCGUUAACAGCUACUGUUCUCUACCUACAGAGCAACCGGUUGGCCAACUCCGGCCUGCCUCCAUCGUUAGAGCGCAGCAGUAGCAUCCGUGUGGUCUACCUUUACGCCAACCAACUAGACGAGUUUCCUAUACACCUGCCGCCGUCGCUACGGGAACUACACCUGCAGGACAACAACAUUCGGACGUUGCCGCGCACGGUAUUGGCCAGGUUACCGUUGCUAGAGAGGCUACACCUGGACGACAACUCCAUCUCCACGGUGAGCAUUCAGGAGCGGGCCUUCUCCGGUACGCGGCGGCUGAGGUUACUCUUCCUCUCCCGGAACCACCUGUCCAGCAUCCCAGCCGGCCUCCCGGCUUCUUUAGAGGAGCUGAGGUUAGACGACAACCGCAUCAACACCAUCCCCACCCACGCCUUCCGGGGCCUGGCCUCACUGAGACGCCUGGUCCUGGACGGGAAUCUCCUGGCCAACACCCGCAUCGCCGACGACACCUUCUCCCGCCUGGCCAACCUCACGGAGCUGUCGCUAGUCCGCAAUGCCCUGCAGGCCCCACCCAUCAACCUGCCCAGCACACACCUGAUGAGGCUGCACCUGCAAGACAACGGACUGAUUCACGUGCCUCGGGGGACCCUGGACGGGAUGAGGAGGCUGCAGCGGCUGGAUCUGUCAGGGAACAACCUCACCACUCUGCCCCGGGGGCUGCUGAGGGACACGGACGGCCUGGAGCUGUUGCUGCUCCGGGGGAACCCCUGGUACUGUGGCUGCAACCUGCACUGGCUCCACGCCUGGCUGUCUGGCCGCGGGGCGGCGGUGACAGUACGGGGCCUGACCUGCCACGGACCGGAGGCAGUGCGUGGCCAGGCCCUCAGGGACCUCUCUGGGCUCAUGGACCAGUGUGAAGGACCCCCAGGAGGGGUGAACAGUGUGGGGGGUAGAGGAGGAGGUGUCACUAGUACUACCACCUUUCCCCCCACCCAGGGCUCUCUGUUCACCCUCAGAGCCAUACGGCCGGGCCUGGUGAAACCAUUACCACCGGGAGGAGAGGCGGGGGGUCAUGCCUCACACAACGCUUUAGAACUCACCGUGAAGCCUCUGUCGGCGGACAGUGUGCAGGUGACGUGGCUGUGCCCGCGGCCGGCGCCCUCCUUCCGGCUGUCCUGGCUGAGGCUGGGCAGCAGCGCCGCUCUGGGUUCCAUCACAGAGACGCUGGUACCCGGGGAGAGACAGCAGUACCUACUAACCCAGCUCACGCCACGAUCACACUAUCUCAUCUGCCUUCUCCCCCUGCGCUCCACCUCCUCCCACUCUGGAGGGUCACAGAGAGGACAGCAACAGGAAAAGGACACAACAGACCAGAGCCCCGUCUGCUCUCAGAUAGAGACGGGGGAGGCUCUGCGCCCCGAAGGGGAAAAUGGGGGUGAGGACUCGGACACAGAGAUGGCAGCCCUCCCCCUGGCCGAGAUCAUUGGCGGAGCCACAGCCCUAGUCUCCCUCAUACUCAUCUUCGGCAUCUUCUGCUGGUAUGGCCAGCGCACCGGGUAUGUCUCCGGGGAAACAGACUCCUAUGGGGUCAGAGGUCAGCGCGUGGUCGGGAAGCCGUACGAUGACUACGUGGAGUCGGGUACUAAGAAGGACAGCUCCAUCCUGGAGAUCAGGAGCCCCGGCUUCGCCAUGACGCCCAUGACGACCCAUCAGCCACUGCAACCCAACGGAGGGGAAGAUGUGACCUACGUGCACACCAUCUUCCCCUCAUCGCACGGUAACGGCACCUACCGAAGCAACCAGAGUCACAAUGGCAUCAUCACCCAACUGGGUCACACGGCAGGCUACGGGACCAACCAGGGUUACCGGGAGCAAGGGAUGAUCCCGGAUAUAGACUACUCCUACACGUGAUGACAUCAUCUCAGACACACUUCUCCCACCCCCACCGGUUGGAUGCCGUUCUAAGGAUACGGUUCCAGCAGGCGGUUGGUUGGUUGGUCUCCUUGGUUCCAAAGUACCCUCUGUGCCUCCUCACUUCUGCUCUGAAUCUUAUUUAUCUGUUACUGGCUGACUGGCUUGGGUUGCUGUGUCCCCACAGGGCCACCCCACAUACAUGUUUGCUGGGUGACAGAAGUGUUUCAGUGCUUCUCAUGUUUAUACAUUGUUUUGAGGUCUCAGUAUCUUUACAGCUACUGUACUCUUCCUUCUAUUCCAUAAAAGACCGUUAGUAGUUUGAGGUGGAUGUUUAGGCGUAGGCAAAUAUAUUCCAGAGAGAAACACUUUUGUAGACUGCUACACUAUAUAUACAAAAGUAUGUGGACACCCUUUUAAAUGAGUGGAUUCGGCUAUUUCAGCCACACACGUUGCUGACAGGUGAA